AUGAUCGGAUUCCUCGAUCUCCCAGGCGAGAUUCGCAACCUGAUUUACGACCAUCUGCUCGCGUUUGAAGGGCCCAUUGCGUUUUGGGCGAAAAACAAUUCGCUGCCUGUCAACCUUCUCUAUGUCAACAACAAGACCAUUUACCGCGAGUUCAGCUCUCUGUUCUAUUCGCGGAUCACGUUCGACUUCAGCUCGCGUGGCCCCGACUGCGAAGGACGCCAAUGUUGCGCUUGUUUGACCAAAAAGACGACCUCAUUCCUCGAUCAGAUUGGCCAAAACGCGAGAUAUAUUCAGUGCAUCGAAAUUGACUUUCCCAGCCUCAAUCUCGAGGAAGAUGAGCACUGGUGCGAAGCUUUGAUCUCCGAAUACAGCCUUGAAGUUGUCAACAAAAUCGCAAGCAGCUGUCCUGAUCUGAAACAUUUAAUAUUGGGCCCGAACCACACAUUGAACGCUCUACUAGACCUUGCGGUUAUGGAACCAGAUGAAACUUUUGAGCUACUACAUAGAGUUGACCGUUGUAUCCACAGAAUUCGAUCUCUUGAUUUGAUGAUCUGGGUGAGGAUUCCUGGUUGUGAGGAGUUUUCCGAAUUGAUAGAGGAUAUGGAGUCUAUUUUUGAUUGGAACGUCGAUGUUAUCGACCCGAUUGACUUUGAAUGGAUGACUGAUGAGGAGGAGGACGAACAGGACGACGAAGAUGAGGAUGACAGUGACAACGAUGACGACGCAUCCGAUGACUUCGAGGCCUCCGAUAACGACGAAAGUGCGGACCAUAAUAGGGAUGGUGAGGACAACGGCCAAAAUGACGAGAAAAACGAAAUCGGCAACGAAAGGGAGGAACCAUGA